UAUCACUCAGAGUUCCCUGAUUGCAGCUGGCUUGUCAUUUCUGUGAAGCUAGGCUAAGGACAGCAAGGCGAAUGAGUGAGACACAGAGCCUGGGAUUAACUAGAGUCACUUUAACAAGUAGCGUCCAGCAACCGGACCGAUUCACGCAAAAGGAGGAAAAGAAGGAACAAAAUCAUUCAUAAUAUAUCAUUUGGGAGAAUAAUCAAUAACCAACAGGAACCAAAAUAUUCUUGAGCGUCCUGGGAUCCCUAGUGAGUCCGGAGUGAAGACCUUUCUUGCAAAUUGUUUAAACAAUACAUUUUAUAUAAUUAUUUUUAAAAACGCUCCUCUAUUAAAGCGGUCUCACCAUGUCCUCCUCACAACAAGCAUCUCAAAGAGUGCGGCGCAAUGGGUCGCCGACUUCGAACCGCCUGCAGCCCAUCAGGGCCACCGUGCCCUUCCAGCUGAGACAAGGCAAUAACAGCCCGACCCGCUCCUCCUCCUCCUGCAGCGGCAGCAUCAGCUCACCGGCAGCAGCAGCAGCUCACUCUGCAUCAACUGCAACCAUCUCGACCUCAACAGCAGCCACAUCCACCGCCUCCAACGGACAGAAACUUUCCCCGACCUCCUCGCCCACCUCUUCGCUUUGGGCUCCGGCUGCGAUUGUCGCCGCUGACGGACGCAUGAGACACAGACGGUCUCCUGACAGUAGGAGCUCACCUGAGAGAAGGAGCCCCAGCUCUCCUGUUUAUAAAGUUGAAAGGUCGAAAUCUCAACAGAUGAGAACCUCAAAUACAAUCCGGCGCACCUCAUCCCUAGACACCAUAACAGGACCCUAUCUCACAGGACAGUGGCCACGUGAUCUCCAUAUACACUACCCAUCAUCUAUGAAAGACAAAUCUACACAGACACCCAGUUUUUGGUCAGAUGAAGGAACAGAAAAGAAAAGCACACAUCAGCGCUCUGCUUCAUGGGGAAGUGCUGAUCAGCUGAAAGAGCAGAUUGCCAAACUGAGGCAGCAGCUCCAGCGCAGUAAGCAAAGCAGUCGGCACAAUAAGGAGAAGGACCGCCAGUCUCCACUCCACGGCAAUCACACCGCUAUCAAUCAGUCUCAGGCCACCGCAGCAAGAUUUAUCCCAGGUCCAGCAUCAAACAAUACUGUUUCAAAAUCCGCAAUUUCACGGGUCCAGAACAGUGUUGAAGGCAUAAAUCAAGAAAUAGAAAGAAUGUUUAUUAAAGACUGUGGAGAAAAGGAAGGACCAUCGAGGCCCCUGGAGAUUCCUGAUGGCCACCGAGCACCUUUCCCUUCCCACUACCGCAGCAGCAGUACUCGCAGUAUUGACACACAGACACCCUCUGUCCAAGAGCGCAGCAGUAGCUGCAGCAGCCACUCACCAUGUGUCUCCCCUUUCUACCCAACUGGAUCUCAGGAGGGAAGCCCAUGCUCAACAGAAGACCUUCAGUAUGACAGGGACAAAGACAGCGGUAGCAACUCACCACUCCCCAAGUAUGCUUCAUCACCCAAACCAAACAACAGCUAUAUGUUCAAACGAGAACCUCCAGAGGGAUGUGAGAAAGUGAAGGUCUUUGAGGAAAUUACGUCUCGUCCUCCCAGCUCUGUCCCUUUGUUUUCCUGUCCUGACAGGAACAAAGUGAACUUCAUUCCUAAAGGGUCAGCUUUCUUUCCUGUAAGUAUCGUCAGCCGACCUCUGUUUUCCACCUCUGACCUGUUGCUCAAGAACUCAUCAAUCUCUGGCCUCAGUCCUAUCAUAGCAUCCAAUACUGUGACUGCUGAGCAGCUUCCAUCUCAGGUCUCAUUCUCACCUUUGUCAGAUGACACCAGCACAAGGGACUGUGAGGCCUUGGUGCAGCAGACAUCACGUCCACAGCAACAGCUCCAUGAGUCUCAAACUGAAGAAUUCUCCUCAGCUCAGAACUUUGUGAUAAUCUAGCCCCUGCACCUUCCACUGCUGCCCCUCCCCAAGGUGGAGCAGGCCUCUGCCCUUGUGUAGGGGUAGUCUAUGUAUCUGAUCGUCUGCAUGGAGUAGCACCUGCAUUCUGAACAAAGAUUCUUAGAAUUUUAGCAUAUCUUACACUGUUCUUGGCAGGGAUAGAAUUCCUUUUUUUUAGGAAAUGUUUGUGAGAAGCAGUGAUGCUUGCAAAACACGUGCUUGAGUGUUUAAAGUGCAGACUAUGCAUUACAUGGUAUGUUUGGAUGGAUUAGUACUGUUGUCCUGUGUUCUGUUCCAUCUCCUACAGUAAAAAUAAGCUCUAUAUAUAAAAUAUGCCUGUCUAAAAGAUAGAAAAAAUAGAUGUUGUGUUGCGUUAUAUCCAAUGGAGAAAAAAAUAUUGUUUACAAACAAUCCAGGUUGUUUAAGUUUUUAAAUUCUGUAACACAUACAAUGCAAAAAAGAAAAAUGGCCACAACAGUUGCACAGUGCCCACCCUAUGGCCUAGCUUCAGGUACUUCAGUUGAAGUCUAAACUCAGGUAAUUUGGAAUGUAUAUCCACAUAGGAUUUUAACGAAUUUGUGGCUGAACAAGCUAAGGGGGAGUUUAGGGUAAGCAUCACUCUCUUGCCUUUCCGUUUUCUACAUUAACCUUUCCUCAUUACAUUCCACUUUCUUUAACUAAAAGUGCAUUCUGAUCCGGGGGAGACCUGGACGAGCGUGAAUAUUGAAGAACCAGCAUUACUGUGAUGUCUGACAUCAAUUGUUUUCGUGGAUGUUCGGUCAAAAAUUUACAUAAACCAUUGUUUUGAAACGUAUCAGCGUUUUGUGACAUUUCAGAAUUUAAGAAAAAAUGUUUCAGGUGUUGAAGACUGUUAAACUGUUACAAAUACAGUAGUGUUGAAAACUGGGCUGUAUCUAAGAAACAUUCCAUGUUGUGAAGAAAUCGCAAUGAUCAAACGUUUAAGUUACAUAGCCAGACUCUUCAGGUUCUAGUAUUAGAUAUGUUCCCUUUUCUGUAUGUGAACUUUGGAGUUGGAAGAUAUACAAAAUAAAAUGGUGUUACAAAGAUGAAAUAAAAUUAAUUUUUAGUUUCUCAUCUUGACCCCACCUUUUACGUUAAAACCGUUAUUUGCACAAUUUUCGGUGGCUACUGUAAAGUAGCGUUUCUUUUUUAAAAAAGAGUUUUUAAACUAUUUAUUUAACGAACAUGUACGUUGGUACAGAAAAAUGAUGGACUGAGGUUCAGCAUGGCUGGUUAUCUUUUUAGGAUUCAAUUCGAUAAAUGAUUCCUAUCAUUUGAAAAGUGUUACGCUGGAAAGGAUAAAUAAAAAACUUGCCUGUUAUUUUGCGGAACAAGGACCCAGGACUCGGCAUUCAACUACAGAAGUAAAGUUUGCACCUGGUGUUGGAUUUUACCACGGUAAAAUGGUACAAGUGACAUAAGGUGAAUAUCUAUGAGAGAGAACUUAACUGGGGGACACUUUGGUCCAAAAUCCCUUUAACUUAAUCUUUCACCUGAGAAACUAGAUAUUAAUUUUUACCAAACACUGUUGCAAAUCAGUUUUGAUUAUGAUCUUUAUAAAGGUUUUAAACCAAAUAGGUUGGACAUUAGCUGAACGUUUUAAAAAGAAAUGUAAAUUUAAAACAUUAUUGGUCUGAGUGUAUCCUACAUCCAGUUGUGGAAAUUUUGUUUGUCAAACACAUUGUUUAAAAACUUGUUUCAAAUUUUGUACAUAGUUUUGCUGUUAUUUCUAGCCAUCAUGCUAAACGGUAUUUAUGAGUUUCCACACAAUGUUUCUUUAAAUAAUGCAUAGUGUGGCUUUUGUUUUGUAUUUUUUCAGUAUAUAGUUCUGGUGUCUUAUUUAAAAUAAAGUUAUAGCAAACAGCAUGAAUAAAAACUGGCAAUUUUAUAA